AUGAGAUUUAAACUUUACCACACUCUGCUUGCUGCUUUCGCUGCACAAGCCUAUGCUACCACACCACCAACAGCAUCGUUCAAUAACUCCAUCUCGUGGGCUGCUUGCAAAUCCGGAUUGCCUGAAGGACUUCACUGCGGUCAACUCGAGGUUCCGCUGGACUGGUCAAAGCCUCAUGGAGAGAUGAUCACACUGGGGCUCAUGAAGCUGGAAGCCAUAAGCAAGUCCCAAAGACUGGGGAGCCUCAUGUUCAACCCUGGUGGCCCUGGCGGUGCUGCCACGACAAUGUGCAAGUACCAAGCCGCAGGCGUGCCAUUCUUCGCAGUCCCAUAUCAUGCGACGCAUCUCUGUGGAACCGCCUUCUUUCUCUCUUUUCCAACAAAUGAGGAGGAGUACCCAAAAAUUUUGGACACCUCAAAGACCUUUGCCAACAGCUGUCUUGAGCUGUCUGGCGACCUGGUAAGGCAUGUUCACACAAUAAGCGUUGUGCAUGAUAUCGAAGCACUCAGACUGGCUCUGGGCGACGGAAAGCUCAAUUGGCUCGGGAUAUCCUAUGGCGCCCAGAUUGCUGCGCAAUACGCCGCCACCUACCCAGAGAGCAUUCGCUCCAUUGUCAUGGACGGGAACGUCGAUCACACUUCGACAGAGAUAUACACAACAAACGCCGAGGCUGCCACGUACGAAGACGAGCUGGUUAGGUUCUUCGAAUGGUGCAGCGCCACAGAGUCCUGUCCGCUCCACGGGCAAGACGUCUCGGAGUUGUUUCUUGACCUGGUGGCGAAAGCUGAUCGUGAGGCCAUCGCCGCUCCUGGCUGUUUAGCUACAGCAGACACUUCGUCCGCCGGGAGCUGUCGAUCCAACGUGACCGGGGAGGACAUCCGCUUCAACGUGCAAGGAAACAGCCUAUUGACGCAUAAAGACGAAAUCGCGAUUGCACCAGGCUGGGACUUGCUUGGACAGGCCCUGAACGAAAGCAUGCACGGAAACGCCACUCUGCUAUCGUCUGGCUGGGCGACAGACAACAACUCCUCCCUUUGGCAGGGACUCGUGAUAGGGUGUCUUGACUGGUACGCGUCCACCGAUAGCUUUGCCCAGAACGAAUAUCAGAAGAUGAACGAGACGGCGCUGCGUCAAGCCCCUCCCAUACUCAUGGUAAAUGCCGAACACGACCCAGAGUCCUCCUUUCUCUGGGCUCAGAACCCCUAUUCGCAGAUGCCGAGCGCCACCCUUCUCACGAGGCAAGGCGACGAUCAUGCAAGCUAUGGGAACAGCGGCGAAGCUCAAGCCAUCAUGGAGUCUUACCUUGUUAAUCUAACGAUGCUUGCAAAGAACACAAUCGUGAACUCGUGA